AUGGCCACCAUUAAAACAGACAUCUCCGAGUUCCCUUACUCGCUAACAAUCUCUCUUCCCCUCCCGAGCAAUCGCCUCGCCUCAUCCGCCAUGCGCGCCCUAGAGGUCGACACAGAGUUAUCCCCCUUUGUCCGCCGCAGUUUCGCGCUCAAGACGCCCACCCAGGACGCCUCUGACGACGAAGCAGCAAAAUCGAUCUUGGAGACAACUUACCGCGCCACUACGAAUCGCAUGCUCCGUGUUGCUGUCAAUGGGUUCAUGGAGAGCCUGGGAGUUGUGCUCGGGGUCAUGGAGGAGUUGGAUGUUGAUGUUCUGGAAGAGGAGAGGGCGAAAUGA